AUGGACUGGCUUCUUGCUGCUGCCAGAGCAGUAUCACUUUCAUUCCAGUUGUAUUCCUCUGUAACUCUAGAUCUGUGCUCCUCUGUGCUGCUGUCAGCUAUGGCCAGCAGUUCACUCUUUGUUGUUUCUAUAGAUUUUGGCACGUCCUACAGUGGGUACUGUUUUUCCCUUGCUUCAGGCACAGACCAAAUCCGCCAGGUGUUCUGGGGAACGGAGCAUGGGCACAAUUCCUUGAAGACGCCCACCUGCAUCCUGUUCAACGAGAAUCAGGACUUCGCAAAAUUUGGCUAUGAUGCUGUGAUGAAGUACAAGAGCUUGCCAGCCAGCGAAGCUCACAAGUGGUACUUCUUCCAGAACUUCAAGAUGAGCCUGUACAACAGGAAAGUCACUUCUGACAUGAGGCUGGAAGCAAGCAAUGGAAAGACCCUUCCUGCCCUGUUGGUCUUCGCUGAAAGCCUGCGCUACAUGGAGCAACAUGCCCUGAACACUAUCCAGGAAGCCUCUUCCAAUACCGUUUGUGACCUUGAGGAAAUCACUUGGGUUAUUACUGUCCCAGCCAUAUGGAGCACAGCUGCCAGGCAGUUCAUGCGGCUGGCAGCAAAAGAGGCAGGACUUAUCUCUGACAUGAUUUCUGAGAAGCUGAUUAUUGCCCUGGAAUCAGAGGCUGCAUCACUCUGGUGUAAACAGCUUCCACAGGAAGGGUUUCUUGCAGAGAGCAGUGACAAGAGAAAGUUUGAAGACUCCCCUGGGAUCCAGUAUGUUGUCGUUGACUGUGGAGGUGGCACAGUGGACAUCACAGUACACGAGAUCCAAGAAAACCGUUGCCUGAAAGAGUUACACAAGGCGUCUGGAGGUGGAUGGGGAGGCAACAGAGUGGAUGAAAACUUCAGUAUAUUCCUCAGGGAGGUGUUUGAUGACGGCGUAUGGGAUGAAUACGUGAAGAGCUACCCUAUCGAAUGGCAACGGAUGAUGUACGACUUCAGCUUCCAGAAAUGCUCUGCUGACGGGGAGGCAGUCUACUUGCAUUGCUAUUACAAUUUGACCAAACUUGCAGAAAGAAAGAAGGGCAUCUCCCGCUUCUUCGAAAAAACAACAGGGGCUGUGUGGUGUGAUGGGAUGAUCAUGAUUACAUACGAGAAAAUGAAAAGCUUUUUUGAAUAUAGCAUCCAAAAAAUUAUUGCUGCUUUGAGAGAAAUCCUUGCCAAGCCUGAGAUGGCCAAGGUCCAGUACAUUUUGCUUGUGGGAGGCUUCGCAUCCAGCGUCAUGCUGAGACAUGAGGUCAGGCAGGCUUUUAGUAAGAAAUAUCAUAUCUUUUGUCCACUAGAGGCCCAGAUUGCCAUUGCAAAAGGGGCUGUUUUAUUUGGAAUCAAUCCAAAAAUUAUUACUUCAAGAAUCAGUGCUCGGACAUAUGGCCUAUGUGUAAGUAGGGACUUUGAUGCAGCUAUCCAUGACAUUCGUAAACGAAGAGUCUCAAAAGCGGAUGGCCGUGUCUAUUGCAAAGAUCUCUUCUGGAAAUUGGUGGGAACUGGGGAGUCAGUGAGUAUAAAUGAAGCUGCCCAAUAUAUUUUCACACCAAUAGAACCAGAUCAGACAAGUGCAUUGUUUGCUUUUUAUUCCACAGAAAAGCAGGAUGCACAGUACGUAGAUGAGGAAGGGCUGGAACUGCUUGGUUCAUGCACAGUACCAAUGCCAGACACAAAGUUAGGGAGGAAACGCAAACUGGUUCUGCGUAUUAAGUUUGGGCUUACUGAAUUUAAAGCCACUGCUACUGACAUUACUUCCAAACAAAGUCGGACAAUUACAAUAGACUUUUUAUCAGUGUAAAUACUUGAGUCUUAGAGCAGCACGGCUUAAGUGGGAGGUGCCAGCUGCCACAAUGGAAAGGCAAAUGGACCAUGAAGUCCUUCAUCUGUCCUUCUUCUCACACAAGUAAAACAGUUUGCAAUUCUGA